ACACAACUUUCUGACUAUAAUCCAGUUCCUUCGUCUAAACACAUACACGCAUAGUUCCAAUUCAAAAAAACAGUAAAGCCGCGUUAUAGCGAUCAAUCAAGGUUUUGCCUUUCUUCGUUUUGUGGUCGGCCAGCUUAAAUUUUGGAAUUGCAAUUGAAAUUUUUGCUUAUUAAAUUUUUCAUUAAAAAGAAAAACAAAAAAACAAAGCAGAACGUUAUAGCCAAACAGGACAGCCAAUUCCGCAGCGAAUUUGGUCUGCUUUGGCCAAAGAGCCCACCCAACCAAAGCAAACCAAGCCAAGCAAAGCCACGCCACGCCACGCCAAACCAAUCCAAAGCAAACCAAACCAAACCAAGCUAAACAGAAAAGAAAUCAAAAAGAAACCAGUUGGUUAAGGUCACGGAUUGAUAGAUAUAUACAGUAAACAGUUUAUGACGAUAUUGUAUUUUGUUGCCCAGUAGGCAAGGUGUUUAAUGAUUACAAAUGCCUACCUGUUAAAGUAGUCGUAACAAAACUAAAUAUUUUAUAUAUUUAUAAUCUUCGGCGAAUUGGAGGACAGACACGGACGUGCUAUUAAUGUUAUAUUUUUUAUGUCUGGAAAUACGAGGGAACACUAGGAUUAUAAAAAACGCAUUCUUCUAAACUGUGCAAUAUCGCAAGCAAGAAAUUAACUACAAACAUGUCUCUUUUUGCACGUGGACGCGAUACUAAGAAGAGACCCAGUGUGGUGGUAGCGCUGCCCCCGGUGGUAAAGAAAUCAAGCAAAAGCCGUUCGUUUCAUUUUCGUUAUUUAGAGCUGUGCCGUGCUAAGAACUUGACACCGGUGCCAGAGAUACGCUCCAAUCCAAAUGCAACCACACUUCUCGAUUUGCUGGGUGACAAGCUGGGCGUCAGUGAGUGGCUACUGAUCAUCGAGGCACUGCACUAUGAUCUAGUGCUUCAGUCACUGGCAAUACGCAUGCGCCGCACCAAUGGAAAUAAUAUUGUUUUACCAAUCGACACUGAAAACCGUGCACGACUUUUUCGUCAAAAGCCGGUCAUCUACACGCGCUUUAUUUUUAACAGUCUUGUUGAUGCGAUUGCCAAUUGUGUUAAGCUCAACAAGAACUUGACCGUGUUGAAGCUAGAGGGUCUGCCGCUGCAGGAUGGCUACAUUGAGUGCAUUGCCAAGUCUUUGGCCUCGAAUGACUGCCUCAAGGAGGUCAGCUUCCAGAAAUCUUACAUUGGAGACAAGGGCUGUGAGGCGGUCUGCGGUACCGUCAAAUACUUGAAUCACGUGGAGACAUUUAAUAUCUCCGAGUGCAACAUUGGUCCGAAGGGCGCCGAAUUUGUUGCUGACAUGAUUAAGAUGCAAAAGAUAACGCGUUACUCCGAAGGGUGGGAGAUGUCGCUGCGAUAUCGCAGCGUGGACGUUGAUUCGAUCUCGGGUCUACGCUACAUCUCCCUGGCCAACAAUCCGGACCUGGGCGACAAUGGACUACGCCCGAUAGUCGAGGUGCUCAAGGAGGAUGCCUGGGUCAAGACCGUUGAUGUGGAGAACUGCGGCCUGACCGAUUGCGGAGCGAACUUAAUCCUCGAGUGCCUCGGUCUGAAUAGCGCCAUGACCGAGAUUAAUGUACGCCAUAAUACGGCGAUUAGUAAGUUUUUGAUGCGUCAGAUUCGCGAUCAUUUUGGCAAGGAGGACGAGGAGGCGAUGAAGGAGCCCAAGUACGACCUGAGCUGCAUCAAUGGCCUGCAGAGCCUGCCCAAGAGCCAGAAGUAUAGCAUCUCCCAGCUGCUCUCACACACCAAGACGCUGGAGGAGCAGUUGUCCUUGGAGCGUACGCUGCGCAAGAAGGCCGAGAAACUCAAUGAGAAGCUCAAUCACCAGCUGAUGUCGAUGGGACAAGGAGCCUCGUCACAGAUGCAUUCACCGCCGCCGCCGCCGCCGCAGCAGCAGGAGAAGGUGAUCGAGAACACAGCUCUGCCCAAGGGCUAUGUGCUCGUCAAGAAUGAUUAUUUGCAAUCCUUUAACAAGACGAACUUUAAGAACGGGCCACCAAUGACCAACCACGCCGGGCAGCUGGUCAAUAGUGCUGUCACCAGCUCAGAUUCCACGCCACGCAGCGCCAAUGCUACUCUACGGAAGCAGCAGCAGCAGCAGCAACAGCAGCAGCAGCAGCAUCACCACCAAAUGCUGGAGGUGGCUCCCGAGGAGCUCGAGGAGGACGACGACGAUGAGGAGCAGCAUCAGGCUUAUCAAGCAAUGAUCGACAAUCCACAGUUGCGUCAGCAGAUGCAGGUGCGCAAGGUGCGCAGCGAGAUUAAAUAUGUUGAGGCAUUUUCCAAGGACAACAGUAAGAAACGUGAAUCCAAGUCGGAUCACGAGUUUUCCAACGAGCGUGAUUUCAAGCUCAAUCCGAAUGUGCAGUUCGAGAUGGACAUUGGCGACAGCUGCAUGGUGAAUGAGCAGCAAAUGGAGCGCCAGCGCUACGAGGGACAGGAAGAUGAAUACUAUGAGGAGCAGGAUAUGAUGCAGAAGCCGCACAGCAACGGCCAAUAUGAGCAAGAGUACAUUGGGGAUUGUGCACGCAACGAUAAUCGCAAGCAUAUUACCAAGAUCAAGAAGCAGUAUAGCGACAUAGGCAACAGCCAGAUGGCCCUGUACAUGGCCGAGCUGGAGCGCAAGAUUAAUAGCAAGUCGAGCAAGAAACGCCAUAAAUCGAAGCAGCAGUCCAAUGGUUCGUCUAGUGGACGUGAGGUGAAGAGCGGCGACUAUAUGCAGGUGGAUACAUAUAUGGCCAAUAUGGAGGAGUCUUCGCAGGAAUCGCCAAAUAAUGACACUGACUCGGAGGGCGAGAAGACGGAGAGCACGACACGUGCACAGUCGGACAGUGGCAAUGACAACGGUAACGGCAUGCCGCCGAUGAAAGUUUUCAUGCGACGCACGACCCACUACGAGGAGGACGAGGAGGAACUCAUUGACGAUAAGGACGCUGUCGAUCAGAUUGUUUCGCCGCGCAGCGUCUACUUGGAGAUGCAGAGGAAAAAGAAUGAGAAGAAUCAUUAAAUGCCAACUAGGAUCCCGCAUCGACACAUACAACAAAAACUGGCAGUCUUAGAGUAGCGCCAACUGCUCGACACCAUAAGGCAGACACCCAACGGAACCCCUAGGGAAACACUCAAGAGCAUAGGAUCAAAUUUUCAGUUACGCCUGUGAUCCAUUGUCGCGCUUGUAGAUAUUGGUAUAUUGCACGUAUUGUUGCGAUCAUUAGAUUAUUACAGAUAGACAUGCAUAUUGAGAUUAAUCUAUUCUGCCGUUAAUUGAGUAAUUUAGAAAACAAAAAAAACACUGAUGCCAAACACCACGAUUUACGCAAUUUUGUUAUUAGCAGAAGAGAGUAGAUCAAGCUAAUGAAUUGAAUUCACUGCAAAGCGGCGGCAAGAACGCGCUAACAAACUCUCAUUUAGCCCCCAAUUGAAAUUGUUAAUAAAUCAGUAUUUGCGCCUUCCUCAAAUGA